GACAGAAAGGCGCUUCGAGGAGUAAACGAAAAAUUCAAAAUGUCUGCUCCCAAAACCAUCCCUAAAGAUGCUCAGGUGAUGAUACAGAUCCUAAAAGACAUGGGCAUUACUGAGUAUGAGCCCCGAGUCAUCAACCAGAUGUUAGAGUUCACCUACAGAUAUGUGACAACCAUCAUCGAGGAUGCCAAAAUCUACGCCACACACGCCAAGAAGUCCAAUGUGGACGCUGAUGAUAUCAAAUUGGCCAUCCAGUGUCGCAUGGACCAGUCGUUCACCUCGCCGCCACCGCGAGACUUCCUGUUGGAGGUUGCAAGGCAGAAGAACCAGACUCCUCUGCCACUAAUCAAACCAUAUACCGGACCCCGACUUCCUCCAGACCGCUACUGCCUGACUGCGCCCAACUACAGACUCAAGUCUGUACAGAAGAAGGUGUCGUCAUCCGCUGGCAGGAUAUCGGUGCCUCGCCUCAGUGUCGGCGCUGUCUCCAGCAGACCGAGCACGCCAACCCUUGGAACCCCGUCGGUCCAGUCCGUCACCACUAAAGUCGGCGCUCCGGUGUCUCUGACGGGUCAGAGGUUCACCGUGCAGAUCCCACCACCCUCUCAGACGGCCACCACCAAAACCACCACGCCGUCCACUCCCGCCGUCUCCAACGUCCUCAUCAACCCGUCUCUGAUCGGCUCCAAGAACAUCCUCAUCACCACCAACAUGGUGUCGCAGAACUCGGGCGGAGAGUCGCUUAAGAGGAAGCACGAAGACGAAGAUGACUAUGACGCUUUAUGACGGCGCGACUGAAGACGGCUUUUUUUUUUUUUUUAAAUCACCUUUUUAAUUAUCCUUAAAAAAUGCAAAAAAAAGACUGUUCUCACCAGAAACUGAUCCAGAUCACGGCUCAUUAAGAACUUGUGAUGUUAGUUUUCUAGAAUGUUCGUUUAACCAGAGAAGACCCGCUUCACCUUCAGUGAUACCCGUUCACGCUGGGAGUCAACCAGUCAGCUGGGUGGUCUCAAAUUUGGCUGGUUACAGCUGGACUGCGUGAGGAAACCUGCUGUGAUGUUCCGCUGAUUUACAAUAAACUGCAUCAAAAUUUAAACUGAGCUGCGUCUGUUCUUAAACUGCUUCGGAGGAAUAUUCCACCGAACAUUUCCACCUCGGAAAAUCAACACUAGAACAAGAAAACAUUAACGCGCUGUAAUUCAGCAUAUCAGCACUUGAAAGACUAACUUGUAUUGAUGUACAGGCGCACUCCGGUGCACCGGGACAUAACUGUUGAGUGUGGGAAGUACUCAAAUCCUUUCAUGCUAAUACUGCACUGUAAAAAUAGUGUUACAAGUAAAAUUCCUGCCUUGAAAAUGUUCAGUAAUAGCAUGUAAGCAUACAUCAGGAUGAUGUACAAACUAUUUAAGAAGUACUCAAUGCGGAGAAAUGUCCUCUGUGACUGUUAUACUACUGUAUGUUAUUAGAGUAUUAUUACGCAGACAUUGAUGUAAAAGCAGGAUUUUACUGUCAUUCUGACAGCUGUCCUUGUAAUUUACUCUUAAUUUGCAAAGUAAAAAAAGCUGUUAAAUAUGAAGUACAAAGUAAAAUAUUUCUCCCCUCAAAUGUUGUGGAGUCGAAGUAACUUCUGCUUUAUAAGGUACUCUUUGAAGUCAAGGAGGAAGGAAAGAUUUGUCAUUAUUAGUCUGGAGUGUUGAAACUAUGGUGGCCCUGAGAGCUCAACGGAUUGCCCCUUUGCAGACACAUAAAAGCAAAUAACGAAAACUUUAAUUAGACAACAGGUGCAGCAUUUAGAAAAAUAUAUUUAAAAAAAAGGUUGUGUUUUUAUUGUCAAUGCACAUGUGAACACCCCCUGAGUUACAUUUAACCGCUGCUGAACAGCAUUUAAGUGACUGCAUUUCCACCUGCUGUUGAAAUUAGUUGUAUUCAACCAGACUUUUGUUUUCCAAAAAAAUCUGGUCUAGUUUAACUUUCACCAAAUCAAUGCUAACUUCAGUUUGACAUUUGAGGACAAAAAAAAACAAAAACGUGGCUGAAAAAAAUGUCUAAAACAUUAAUUCAUCAACUGCACAAGCACCAGACAGCAGCAGUAUCUGUUAGUUCAUUUUGCCUUUAAUAAUAAAAAGAAAACUAAAAUAAAAAUCUCAAAAUAAAAAAUACAUGGCAAAACAAUAGACUCUUAAAUGAUUAUGAGA